CCGCCCAAAACCCAAAACCUUCGCUGUCCCGGAGAGAAGCGGCGGCGCCGGCGACCAUGGCGGCUGAGGCGGAGGCCGUGGAGCUGGGAGCGGGAGGUGAGACGGUGGUGGUUCACCUGCCGCCUCCCUCGGAGGAGGAUCCCCUUUACCAAGACAAGAAGAGAAUAUUGAAAACCAGGAACCUAUCCUGCGUAUUUCAAGUUCCGGUAUCAUGUUCUGCCGCUGAUGCCCUCAAAUUACUGGAUCGGAUGAAUCAAGCUGCUAGGGUAGUCCAUAUGGAUGAGCUAGAGCUUUAUUUUGCUGGAGAUGAUGAUAUCGGUCCAUUCUCUGCAAGGAAUGAGCUUGAAUCUCAAAAUCUUCUGUUCAAAAUCAUGAACAAAUUGCUUCUAACUUCCAAUGCUGUAGCCAAGGAAGUAUUGCAGAUACUACAGGAUGAGAUAGUUGUUACGCUCAGAUCUGUUGGAAAGACAGAUGAUGCGCAGAUGGUUGUUCAAACACAGAACCAUGACGCCGAAGAUUUUCUUCUGAAAUGGGGGAAGCAUCAUGGUGUUAAAUCUAAAUUGCAGAUAGCUUUUUUUCAAGGAGCUGGAAGAGGAAUGCUAGCUUCUGAAAGUAUAGGUGUGGGGGAUGUUGCUCUUGAAAUUCCAGAGUCCCUUAUCAUAUCUGAGGAACUUCUUUGUCAGUCUGAAGUGUUUCUGGCAUUAAAAGAUUUCAAUAAUAUCACAUCUGAGACUAUGUUAUUAUUGUGGAGCAUGAGAGAGCGGCAUAAUCUAUCUUCGAAGUUUAAGGCGUACUUUGAGACACUCCCAGCAAAUUUUAAUACAGGCUUGAGUUUUGGAAUUGAUGCACUUGCCACAUUAGAAGGAACCCUUCUUUUUGAUGAGAUAAUGCAAGCUAAGCAGCACUUGCGCCAGCAGUAUGAUGAGUUAUUUCCCUUGCUGUGCACCAAUUUUCCUGAGAUAUUAAAAAACGACGUAUGCACAUGGGACAAUUUUCUGUGGGCAUGUGAGCUAUGGUAUUCUAACAGUAUGAUGGUUGUUCUAAGUAGCGGGAAAUUAUCAACUUGCUUGGUUCCUGUUGCUGGACUUCUGAAUCACUCGGUGUCCCCUCAUAUUCUUAACUAUGGUCGAGUAGAUGAAGCUACAAAAUCUUUGAAGUUUCCUUUAUCAAGGCCAUGUGAUGCAGGGGAGCAAUGUUUUCUCAGUUAUGGGAAACAUCCAGGAUCACAUCUUAUUACCUUCUAUGGGUUUCUACCAAGAGGAGACAACCCUUAUGAUGUUAUACCUUUAGAUCUUGAUAUAUCUGCUGCUGAUGAGGAUGGCACAGCCCAGUCUGUGAGUACAAGCCAAUUAACUCAUAUGGUUCGUGGGACAUGGCUGUCCAGAUCUGGAGGAUUUCCCACGUAUGGCCUGCCUCAGCGCUUGCUAUCCCAUCUCCGUGCUGUUCUAGGUUGUGAUUUUGAUGAAUCAACUCCAGAGGCUGAUAUCAAGGAAAAUGACAGGGUGGUGCUGGGAACACUCCUGUCCAUAUUUGACCCCAUGCUUGAAGAAUUACGGGAGCCAGAUGAUCUCGACAGGGAGAACACCAGUUGGGAUGUGAAGCUAGUAUUGGACUACAAAGAUCUGCAGAGAAGGAUAAUACAGUCCAUUGUCACUUCCUGUACCUCAGCAUUGGAAAAUUUUAACUCCUAGUUGGAAGUGCUUCAUUAAUUGGAUGUGCAAGAACACACUGGGGGAGUAUGUUGGAAUGCCUCAGCUGACAUGUGGAUGGGGAAACUGUUGCACAUGGGUUAGCUGCAACAACUGUUAUUUGCUGUACCCAGGACAGGGAUCCAAAGGCUGGCAUGACAUCUGAACCCCCCUCCUAACUGAAGAUGCUCAGUCACCAGAUGUUUGAUCCGACAAUUACGCGAAAUCCAGUCGUCAGCUUGUGCGUGCCUCUGUGGCUUGAGAUUUAAGUAAGUUGCUCCUGAUUGUUAAUGCGAACUUGCUUUUGGUGAACUUUAUCUGAUUUAUUGGGAUGGAGUGAUGGCGCCGAACAAUACGGUUGACUUUGCAACUUAAUUAUCAGAGCGGCAUAUUAUUGGCCAGGGACCUGAAUAUAGAUUUUCUGGUAUAUUAGUUUCUUCCAUGUGGUCCAUAUGCUGAAAUCUCUAAGCAGAGAGAACCACAUGUACUGAUACUCAUCUGAUGUUCCUGGGAGAAAAAUAAACAAGUUACAUAUUGCACUUGCUGUUCUUUUUUAGAAAAUACAAGGACUAGGCAUUUCUUCCGAACAUUUGUCAGGAUGCGAAGUUAUUGUUCUUGGUGAUGAUAUGUAUGGCAAAUUAUUAUUUUUUGCUUUUGUACAAAUCUAUUGAGACAUGAUUCGGAUGGGCACUAUCGGUGA